AUGGCGAACCGUAUGUCCAUAUAUUCGGCCCUCUCGUCCGUCUCCCAGGACCCUCGAGCAGCUGCCCAGCAGGCCGCUCAGGUUUCCACGACGACGUUGUUGAACGCCCUUCACACCUCCUACGCCUCGGCACAGGGGUACCAGCUCGAGGCCGGGACCAGCUUGGUCGUCAACACAUGGCUCACCACCACCACUCCAGGCCCUAAUGGGGAGGUCGGCGGCACGCUGGACCCCAGUCUGGCGAGAAGAGCUUGGGAACACGCUCGACGAAGAGCAGAAGACGGCUGCAUCGUUUUAUGCACUUCACAUCAGUCUUCUCCCUCUCUCCUCUUCCCCAUGUUAGGAUCUCUACCACUGUCCACACCUGAUAUUGCUUAUACCGCUAUCUCUGCCAUUCGGCCGUUUGUCUCUCAGGUCACGCCAUACAACCCCACUGCCUUCCAGUACUCUGCCUUUGCAGUGUCCUACACCUUUACCUUGACCGGUCGUGUCACCGAAGUUCAACUGGCGGUGUCAAACUCUGGCAUCAAUACCUCUCAUGGCCUGUUCAAUGUCCCUGCCGAGGCCGGCUACCGGGCCUUUGAUGUCUUUUACUACCUCAUUACCUCGUCUUCCACCCCGGCGGAGAGGGAGUUCCUCGGAAUAUCUGACCCUUCGUCGUGUGCCUUGCUUAAUAAAUCCGGCACAUUCGACCCCCCAUCCUACCUUCCUACAGCUGACGAUGCGGCUGCCGCAGAGGACUUCCGAAACUGUUUGAAAGCCAUCGGUAUCAAGGGUGCCGCUCAGAGGAACCUCCUCUCCGUCUUGGCUGCCCUGCUUAAACUAGGAAAUGCUAUGGGCCUCUUGGUCGACCAAGAGGAGAUCGAGGAGGUCUGUGAAGAUGUUGGAGGCCUCUUGAACAUUGACCCCCUCAUUCUACUCAAAAAUUUUAACACAAAUGAGCGGGAGGCCUUGAUGGCUGGUAUUUACGAUGCAUUGCUCGACUGGAUUAUCGCCAAGGCAAAUGAGGCGAUCCAUAACGAGAUCGUCUCUCUCCAUGAAAAUGGAUCCAGUGACGGUGGCCGCCAGGAAGAGAGUGCUGAUACAGUUGGCCUCACCGUGGUUGAAAUUCCAGACCCUGCGCUAGGAAAGGCAAUCGUCCUCAGAGGUGCAUUCGAUGACACUGUAGGUAUCAACGCCGAAAUCAAGGAGGAUGGCGUCGAAGUUAUUGGCCCAGGCCAUUCCAUCCUUAGUGAAAUGAACGCUGCCAAAGCAGAGGUUGGUGUGCAUCUGGGAAUGACCGACACACCAACUGCUCGUGAGAGAGACUACUUUAAUGACAAAGUCGAGGGGGUCUUGGAAAAAAUAGGAGUCGAAGUCGAGCCUGGCUGUUUCUUCCGUCAACUCUUGUACCCUGUUCCAGGACAAGGCGUUAGAUUUGGUCAGACGAAGCGCUUCGAUCUGGCCACCACUCUUGGAAGCAGUAGGGUUUGGUGCCAUCUUUCCAUCCACCCCACAGAUGAUCAGCCAGCCGCCCUUGCUUCUCUUCCAUCUGCUACCUCUGCCUGGUCUGCUGGAACCGUCUCCCGUCAACUUCGUGCCUGGAGGCUCCCGGAACUUGCAAAUCGCCGAAACAAGCGCUUGGAUUUCACUGCAGACUUCGAUGUGGAAGAGUUUGUCAUCAGAUAUGCUCCGCUCGGCUGCCAGGAAGGAAAAGAUGGUGUUGAGAAUUGGAUCCUGGAGCGAGGUUGGAGCAACGGUGAUGUGGUAGUUGGAAAGGAGCGCAUCUGGAUGAGAGAAAGUGCCUGGUGGGAAGCCGAAUCUAUGCUUGACCUCAUUCCUCAACAGCAAGCAGCAUCCAAUCCAUUCAACCCAGGGAUGGCCAGCAAUUUCGACCCCAGCUACACUCCUAGCCCACAGGCUCUGAACCCAGCUUUAAACCAGAGUGGCUUCUUCACCGCCGAUGGAAUGAGUGUCCAAGGCAGCCAUGAACAUCUCGUCAAUAGACAAGGACCUGGAACAAUAGCUGGGACGGUAGCUACAGGCCCCGGUGUCGCUCAAUCAGUAGCGCCUACCAUGAACAGAGUCUCCAGAAAUAUUGGAGAUUAUGGCCUUGGAUCUAAAGGAGACGAUAUCAAGUAUGAUGACACUUACUAUGACGAGAAUCUCGGCCGUUAUGUCGGCCAAGUUGACCCCGAAUUUGCUGAACCGAAAAACAUUGAACACGAAAGGAUUACUUUCACUCGUCGGCUGUGGAUCGCAUUUGUUUGGGCCGUUACUUUCUGGAUCCCAUCCCCUGUUCUCCGUUACGUCGGGCGGAUGAAGAGACCAGACGUCCGCAUGGCAUGGAGAGAAAAAGUUGUUCUCGUCGCUUUGAUUGUCCUCUUGAACUGUAUCAUUGUCUUCUAUAUCGUCGAGUUUGGCAAUUUGAUCUGUCCGGGCAAGGACAAAGUAUGGAACAGCCAGGAAGUCUCCUUCCAUCAGGGUGAAAAUGAUUUCUUCGUCAGUAUCCGAGGCCGCGUUUAUGACAUUAGCAAGUUCGCCAAAACUCCACAUACAUCUGGUCGGAGAUACCCAACCGAUCGGGAAGCUAUGCAACCAUUCGCUGGCCAGAAUCUCGAUGCCUACUUCCCCGUUCCACUGCCGCUGGCCUGCCCCGGUUUCAAUAUUAAGGAUGAAAUUCAACUCAUACCUAACAAUACAGACGCCGUACAAAAUAGCGUUGCUGUCCAUAAAUCCGGUCCUUUAAAUGGCGAUCCAACACUAAAAACUCACAAUGCUAAUUGGUACCCGGCCGUCUUCCAGCCUACUAUUAAAGAAUAUUACAAGGGUGAUUUGGUUUGGUCGAGAAAGAAUGUCACAGUGCAAGCAAAUGAACUUGACAGGAAAUGGGUUAUCAUUAAUGAGAAAGUAUACGACUUGACUGAUUACUUCAAUAGCAUCGACAAGAUGGACGGUUACGCAGGUUAUGACUUUUUACCACCUGCUGUCACAGAUCUCUUCAAGAAGGAAGCUGGAACUGAUAUUACGAGCCUUUGGGGUGAUACUACCGAGUUCAAGAACAGCUUGAACUGUUUGAACAACCAGUUCUACGUCGGAACGACUGAUUUCCGUGAUACUCCACGAUGCCAGGCGAACAAGUACAUCCUUUUGGCUUUUACUAUCAUCCUUUGUGCCGUUAUUCUUAUAAAGUUCCUGGCAGCACUACAACUUGGUACCAAACGACGACCUGCCAUGCAAGAUAAAUUUGUUAUCUGCCAGGUACCAGCCUAUACCGAGGGAGAGGACCAACUCCGCAAAGCCAUUGAUUCACUCACGGCCCUUCAAUAUGACAACAAGCGGAAACUUAUUUUCGUUGUUUGUGACGGUAUGAUCGUUGGUGGUGGUAACGAUAGACCUACUCCCAAGAUUGUCCUAGAUAUCCUUGGUGUCGAUCCCAAAAUUGACCCCCCAGCUCUCCCAUUCAAAUCCGUUGGUGAAGGAAGUGACCAGCUUAAUUACGGAAAGGUAUACUCAGGUUUAUAUGAGUAUGAAGGCAACGUUGUUCCCUAUAUUGUUGUUGUAAAGGUGGGUAAGGAAUCGGAACAGUCUAAGACCAAACCUGGAAAUCGUGGAAAGCGUGAUUCCCAGGUCCUCCUACUACGAUUCCUUAACCGAGUCCAUCACCGUGCGCAUAUGUCACCGCUCGAGUUGGAGAUGUUCCAUCAAAUUAACAACGUUAUUGGCGUGGAUCCCGAGCUCUAUGAGUAUCUUCUCAUGGUAGAUGCUGACACGAGUGUCAGGGAAGAUUCUCUCAACCGGUUGGUUGCAAGUUGUGCGAACGAUGCGAAGAUUGCGGGUAUCUGUGGUGAAACCAGUUUGCAGAACGAAGAGCGGAGUUGGUGGACUAUGAUUCAAGUCUACGAGUACUAUAUUUCUCAUCAUUUGGCCAAAUCCUUCGAGUCUCUCUUUGGCAGCGUUACUUGUCUUCCUGGAUGUUUCUCUAUGUAUCGACUUCGCACUCAAGAUAAAGGCCGUCCAUUGAUUAUUUCUGAAAAGGUCAUUAGCGAGUACGCCGAUGUACGCGUUGAUACCCUGCAUCAGAAGAAUCUGUUAUCUCUAGGAGAAGAUCGAUUCCUUACGACCCUUAUGACGAAACAUUUCCCUCACAUGUCCUAUAAAUUCGUUCCAGAUGCAUAUGCCAGCACAGCAGCCCCGGAAACGUGGCAGGUUCUUAUGUCCCAAAGACGUCGUUGGAUCAACUCUACUAUCCACAAUCUGGCUGAACUUAUGCUUCUCAAAGAUCUGUGCGGCUUCUGCUGCUUCAGUAUGAGAUUCGUUGUAUUCAUUGACUUGUUCGGAACUCUCAUUCUACCAGCGACAACGGUUUACCUUGGAUACCUCAUCUAUCUCGUUGCCGCCCAUAAAGGACAGUUCCCGCUGAUUUCCAUUAUUUUGAUUGCUGCUGUAUAUGGUUUACAGGCCAUCAUCUUCAUUAUCAAACGCCAAUGGCAGCACAUUGGGUGGAUGAUUAUCUAUUUGAUGGCAUUCCCCUUCUACAGUUUCAUCCUGCCUUUAUACUCUUUCUGGAACCAGGACAACUUCACAUGGGGUAACACUCGUAUAGUUAUUGGGGAGAAGGGAGACCGAAAGGUCAUUGCCAUCGAAGACGAACCAUUUGACCCUAAGAGCAUUCCUCUCCAAAGAUGGGACACUUAUGCGCUUAUCCACAAUCUCCCCGGCCGCCGAGGUAAUCCAAACGCACCGGAGAAGACUGGCUUCCCGGGAUACAAUGACGAAGCCGCAGUCGAGAUGGACGACAUGCAAUCAAUGUACUCAUCCGUGAAGCCAGCAUCGACUAUUCUAACUGGUUUCCCAACCCAAGGUGCUCAACAAACACCCUACGUCCUUCCUCACUCUCCAAACCCAUACAGCAACCUACCUGGAAACAGGAGCUCACAUAUGUCUCACCUUACCCAUUACACCGAUCAGCCUCAAUUAGGUAACCGGGCAUCUCACCUGUCUGUCAGUAAUUUGAGCCAUUACCGAGAUAACCCAGCCAAUGGCAGCCGUUUGAGCGGCUUUGGUGUACCUGGUUCUGACCACAACUUCGCCGCAUCCCAACGCCAGAGCAUGCGGAGCCCCAUGCCACGCCCAGCUAGCACCCUGGUAGACUUCAGGAAUCCUCCUGGACAUGGUCCUGACGAGGCCACUAUCACUGCUGCCAUCCAAGGGUGCCUGGGAGAAGUAGACCUUGACACUGUCACCAAGAAACAAGUCCGUGCUCUUGUUGAACAACGACUACAAACGACUUUGACUGGGGAAAAGAAGGCUUUCCUCGACCGCCAGAUUGAUAAUGAACUCGCCAAUAUGUGA